AUGAAUAAGGAGAUAAAAGAAGUUCUCAGUGCUAGACACGGUUUACUAUUUAGCGAAGAAGAGCUUAGCCCUGUUUUCUGUAAACCGAAGCUCAUUCCACUAAGAUCAGCAGACCUGGAAAAAGUGAGAAAUAUGCAGCAGGAUUCUAUGAAAAUUCUCAAAGAAAUGAAGGAAGAAAACGAAAAAAAUUUAAAUAAGCAGGACAAACUGAACUUUGAAAAAAGUACAACUGAUAUUUGGAGUGCUGAGGAAAAUCGAGAAACAACAACAGCGUCAACAAAAGUCUAG